AUGCUAAGCAAAACAGGAUGCACACUUUGUGAGUAGAGCGUUCCUUUCCUUAAGCAGAUGAAACAAAAAUUUCCUCUAGCAUCCUUCAGAGUUGUUAACAUCGAUAACUUAGCAGAGUAUAAAUAAUUCAAAAAUGAAGUACCUGUAGUCCUAAUUAAUGAGCAAGUUUUUUCAAAAUUUUAAGUAAACUAAAAGCUUUUAGAAGACGCUAUUUCAUAUAAGUACAAAAAUAUAGAGUAAGGUGACAGCAAGUAGUGA